AUGGCCUACUGCUGUUCCAGUUUACUAACUGCUUUCGUUGCCUUAGGAGGGUGUAAAUCUAGUCGUCAUGAAGUAAGAAAAUUUCCAGAUGGGUUCCUGCUCGGAACUGCCACCGCGUCCUAUCAAAUUGAAGGCGCUUGGAACGAGGAUGGCAAAUCUGAAAGUAUUUGGGACCACUUAACGCAUACUAAUCCUUGCGCAAUUAAAGAUUGUUCUAAUGGAGAUAUCGCUGAUAACUCCUAUCAUUUAUAUGAAAGGGACGUAGAGAUGAUGCGAGAAUUGGGAAUAGACUUCUACAGGUUCUCUCUAUCAUGGCCAAGAAUUCUUCCAACUAGUUUUCCCGAUAAAAUAAAUGAAGCGGCGGUACAGUAUUAUAAUAACUUGAUCAAUGAACUGUUAAAAUACAAUAUUGAGCCGACGAUUACGCUGUUCCACUGGGAUUUGCCGCAAAAAUUGCAAGACUUAGGUGGAUGGGCCAAUCCGUACAUUGUUGAUUGGUAUGGUAAUUAUGCGCGAACAGUUUUUGAACUGUUUGGUGAUCGUGUCAAGACGUGGAUGACGAUCAAUGAACCCUAUCAAGUGUGUAACCAAGGAUACGGUGACGGGAUGAAAGCUCCUUUGAUAGAUAGCGGCGGCGUUGGCGAAUACAUGUGCGCCAAGCACUUAUUGUUAGCGCACGCAAGAGCUUAUCACAUUUAUGACCAGGAAUUCAGACCGAAAUAUGGCGGAUCUAUUUUCAUCGCAUUUAGCGCUCAAUGGUAUGACCCGUUGGAUGAAAAUCAUAUCGAAGCGGCUGCGGAUGCUAAUCAGUUCAUGUGGGGUCAAUACGCUCAUCCAAUAUUCUCGGAGUCUGGCGACUUCCCUCCAGUUAUGAAGCAGAGGAUUGCAGCUAGGAGUCUGGAACAAGGAUUCCCUAAAUCUAGAUUGCCGGAAUUCACGCCUGAAGAAAUUGAAUACAUACGAGGAAGUUCAGACAUUUUUGGUCUAAAUCACUACUUCAGUUACUCCGUGUACAGAAACGAAUCAGUUUAUGGAAAAUACAAGUCUCCAUCAUUGCUGGAUGACGUAGGAGUUGUUCUGUACCAACCACCUGAAUGGCAAAUCGGUGAAUCGGAAAAAGUUAAGUUUACGCCCUGGGGCUUCUACAAUCUGUUGACACAAAUAAGAGAAGAUUACGGAAAUCCACCAGUAUUUAUCACAGAAAACGGAUUUGCAACUUACGGCGGCGUAGACGACGAACAUCGCGUUCUCUAUUACAGAGAGUAUUUGUCAGCUCUCUUAGACGCUGUCGAGGAGGGAUCCGAUGUAAGAGCAUAUGCUGCAUGGAGUCUAAUGGAUAACUUCGAGUGGAUGUUUGGAUACACGGAACGGUUUGGCCUGUACGAGGUGGAUUAUGAAGAUCCGGAACGUAAACGCACACCGCGCAAGUCUGCCUACGUAUACAAAGAGAUCCUGCGCACACGCACCAUCGAUUUCCACUACGAGCCCGAUAUGAGCGUACCAUUAAGCAUCGACGAAGGAAACUUUCUGCUUCGAUAUGUUGAGAUUGUUUGUUUGAUAUUAUUAUUAGCAUUUGAACUUGCACAUCCUGUUACGGGAUCUAAAUGCAAAGUGCGUAAAUUCCCUCGUGGAUUUAUGUUUGGAACAGCAACAUCUUCUUAUCAAAUAGAAGGGGCUUGGAACGUAGAUGGAAAAACAGAAAACAUUUGGGACCAUUUUACUCAUACGCAACGAUAUUUAAUAACCGAUGGUUCAGACGGAGAUAGCGCGGAUAAUUCAUAUUACAUUUACAAGAGGGAUGUGGAGAUGUUAAGAGAACUAGGUGUUGACUUCUACAGGUUCUCAGUUUCGUGGACUAGAAUACUUCCAACAAGUUUCCCAGAUAAAAUCAAUAAAGCAGGAGUAGCGUAUUACAAUAAUUUAAUUGAAGAAUUACUCAAAUAUAGGAUUACACCUGUGGUCACAAUAUUUCAUUGGGACUUGCCACAAAAGCUUCAAGAGCUUGGAGGGUGGGCAAACCCGUAUAUGGUAGACUGGUAUGCGGAUUACGCACGGACUUUAUUCAAAUUGUUUGGAGAUCGAGUCAAAUACUGGGUGACGAUAAAUGAACCACAACAAAUUUGCUACCUUGGUUAUGGUAAAACGAUGUUCGCUCCGGCUGUGAACAUAAAGGGAAUAGCUGAAUAUCUAUGUGCAAGAAAUGUGCUUUUAGCUCAUGCUAAAGCUUACCACAUCUACGAUAAAGAAUUUAGAAAAAAACAAAAGGGGUUAAUAUUUAUCUCAGUUAAUUGCCCAUGGUAUGAACCUUUAUAUGAAAGUCAAACUGAUGCAGCCGAUGAUGCAAAUCAAUUUGAUUGGGAACAAUAUGCACAUCCAAUUUUUUCAAAGACAGGCGAUUUUCCUCCGGCUACAAAAAAACGGAUUGCAGCUAGGAGUGCAGAACAAGGGUUUCCUAGAUCCAGGCUGCCGGAAUUUACACCACAAGAAAUUCAACUUAUAAAGGGAAGCUCUGACCUUUUCGGAAUAAAUCAUUAUUUUAGCCAAUAUGUCUACAGAAAUAAGACAGUUUAUAGACAUUAUGAAUCUCCCUCUUAUGAUGACGAUCUAUCAGUAUUCUUUCAUGUUUUGCCAGAGUGGAGUAUAGGCCAAUCAAACUUUACAAAGUUUGUUCCAUGGGGAUUUUACAAGCUGUUAACUUACAUAAGAAAGGAAUACGCCAACCCACCCGUGUACAUUACCGAAAACGGUUUUUCUACUCUCGGAGGUCUGAAUGAUAACGACCGUGUAUUUUAUCACACGGAAUACUUAUCCGCGAUGUUGGACGCAAUGGAGGAAGGAUCUGAUGUUCGAGCGUACACAGCCUGGAGUCUUAUGGAUAACUUUGAAUGGUCAUUUGGAUACACGGAAAAGUUCGGUCUGUACGAAGUAGACUACAGCACACCGCAACGCACGCGCACGCCCCGGAAAUCCGCUUACGUUUUGAGGGAUAUAUUCCGAACACAUUUACUAAAACGAUGCGGGCCCCUGACAUGA